AUGACCAUUUUGUUCAGGGGCAUUCAAGAUGCAAUGUCAUCUUUUGGAAUUUGGCCUAUAAUGGGUAAUAUUGGCUGUAAAUCAUUGUUGUACAUUCAUAGGGUGACUCAAGGCAUUUCUCUCUGCACAGUUUCUGUCUUGAACACUUUUCAGGCCAUUAGAAUUAGCCCCAGAAACUCUAAGCGGAAUUUCCUCUGCAUCAACCUCAUGAUCUGGACUAGUGGCUACAUGGUGAUGCUCCUCUACAAUCAUCACAAGACAGUUCAGAAUCUUCAUGGCAGCAGCCUUUCUCCCAGACUGUCUCCUUAA